UUAUCCUCGAGAACACGCUCUUCCUGUGGUUGUUACAAGUGAUAAACAAGAGGUGGCUUUGAAAAAUGGCAUCCAGAUCCUCUAUUGCUACAGCUCGCGUAUUGUAACAAUCGGACGGUCCGGCUCACUCACUCGUGUGGCACUAAGCAACUGUUUGCUUUUAAGCGAGUGCACUACUUUAAAAUGAGAGAGAGAGAGAGAGAGAAAGAGAGAGAAAGAGAGCAUGGAUACUACACAAAGCAGAGCUAUCAGGGUCCUAAUGCUACCGUGGUUAGCGCAUGGCCACAUAUCUCCCUUCCUAGAGCUAGCAAAAAAACUCACAGAGAGGAAUUUUCACAUAUAUUUGUGUUCUACACCUAUCAACCUCAGCUCCAUUAAGAAAAAGAUUGCAGAAAAGUACUCUCUCUUGAUACAAUUAGUAGAACUCCAUCUUCCAUCCUCGCCUAAACUCCCUCCUCACAACCACACAACCAAUGGCCUCCCAAUGCACCUCAUGCACACCCUCAGAGAUGCCUUUGAGAUGGCAAGUCCUACCUUCUCCAACAUCAUUGAGACCCUAAACCCCGACUUAGUUAUCUAUGACUACAGUCAAGCUUGGGCUGCAGCCAUGGCUGCAUCACUUAAUGUUCCUGCUGUUCAGUUCCUAACUACUGCAGCUUCGAUGGUUUCUUUCACCCUUCACAAAAUCAAAAACCCAGGUAAAGAAUUCCCAUUUCCAGCAAUUUAUCUCAGGGAGUUUGAGAGACUUAGUAAAUCUAAGACUUCUUUAGAUCUUAACAAAGAUAAGGAUCGUUACCUUGGAGGUUUUAAACAAUCUUGUAACAUUACUUUGAUCAAGACCUUUAGAGAGAUUGAGGGAAAAUAUAUUGAAUAUUCGUCCAAUUUAGCUGAGAGGAGGAUGGUCCCUGUUGGUCCACUAGUUCAAGACUCGGUUAACGACAAUGAUCAUACAGAGAUCAUCCAGUGGCUUGACAAGAAAGAUGAGUCUUCUGCUGUGUUUGUUUCCUUUGGCAGUGAGUGUUUUCUGUCCAAGGAGGAGAUGGCAGAGGUAGCUCAUGGGCUAGAGCUUAGCAAGGUCAACUUCAUAUGGGUUGUUAGGUUUCCUGUGGGAGAGAAAAUUAGGGUUGAAGAAGCGUUACCUGAGGGGUUUCUUGAGAGGGUAGGAGAGAGAGGAAUGGUUAUUGAGGGAUGGGCUCCACAGGCUGAAAUUCUGCAACAUUCAAGCACUGGUGGCUUUGUGAGUCACUGUGGAUGGGGUUCGAUAAUGGAAAGUAUGAAGUUUGGUGUUCCAAUCAUAGCCAUUCCAAUGCAUCAUGAUCAGCCUCUCAAUGCUAGACUGGUGGUGGAGAUUGGUGCUGGUAUGGAGGUAAUGAGAGACAAGAAUAGGGAAAUCAAAAGAGAAGAGAUAGCAAAAGUGACAAGAAAGGUGGUUGUGGAGAAAAUUGGGGAAAAUGUGAGGAUAAAAGCAAGAGAACUUGGGGAGAUCUUGAGAAUGAAAGGAGAGGAAGAGAUAGAUAGUGUGGUGGAGGAAUUGAUGCAACUUUGCAAGGAGAGGAAGUAACAGUGAGUAACUUUUAUUUUCUUGAUUAAUGAAGUCAUUUGAUUGAAUUGGAGUUAGUUGUCUAGUUAAACAACGGGGUUAUUUGGCAUGAAAUUUAAUUAAUGUGGUUAGUUGCAAAACCCGAAUAAUACGGGUUUUUUUAAAAAUUUAAAUAUUUUUAUUGCUUUGGAAUUUGAAGCCUUGUUUGGUUGUCA